CGAGAGGAGAGAGGAUGACAUAGCCACUGUCAUCGCUGCAAAUGGCCAAACAGGAGAUGUGCAGCUCAGAAAACUACAAUAUUUGGAGAGACCUUGGGGCUGGUCGUCAAUAACGGUGCCGCUAUUCAAUCCUGCAGCAGGACCAGGUGCAAUGGCAGACCAACAAGUGGCGGAACCGGCGAUUGUGAGAGUAACCAUCAACGGAGAAGGUGUCGAUGUUCCUAUACCACGUGUGUUUUAUACUGGAAUUCACGAGGGAAGAGAUAAUCCUAUGGAUCUAGGCCAGGUGGGAACAAAACAAGGCCUGCGGCCGCUCUGGGCAGCUCUUGGAGGACCAGUAGGAGUCGUGGCGCAAAAUGCUACAAGGCCCGUGGUCCCAAGGGGCCCAGGAUAUGUGAGAAGGCAGAAGGCAAAAGUCAGAGCGGCUAUUCUCGCUAUCAUUGCCAGAAAUGCUCCCGCACCCGCUGCCAGGCCGUCUAAUCCUGUCGUGUUGCCAAUAUACAGGUUGAGAGAAAUGAUUACAGCAACAAGGACACAACCCGUAUUCCUAUUGGGCGAGCCAGUGAGAUUGUGGAACAGUACUCCUGAUGCAGAUGGUAAUGUAGCGAUCGUGGACUAUGAAGGGCACAUCGGAUUCGUCCCAAUGGACGUGUUGAUACCUCCUAGAAGACCAUGGGGUCUUAUUCUUGACAGUGCCCGAGUUCCAGCCGAAUUCCUCACCACAGGUACUCCUUUGCUGACAGCUUGGCGCGAUGGAGUGCAGGUCGUGCUAGGCCCUCUACCCAGAGGACAGGAACCCAGAAGGCCUCCACCCGGAUCACCUCCGGCCGAAUCACCUGCGCCAGGCCGACGCAAGCGGGCCAGAAGAGGAGCGGCAUCUAGAUCGCCACGAAGAGGCCGACGACGAAGGCGGCCCGACAACAUCAAUACUGCGGGGGCAGCGGGUAGACCUAGAAAUGGUUUCACCGAUGAUGAAAUACUUGAUCGAAUAGCUGACUUGGACAGUCCUAGAGCUAGAGAAGUGAUAGACCAUGCAGGUAGAGAGGCGGGCUAUGUUACUGGCAACUUUAACUUAGCGUUCAACGUAGAUUACGAAAUAGGGAGACAAGAGCCUUGAGGGAACCAAAGGGCUUCUUUCUUUAUUCCUUGAUGUAGGCACUUGUUGGAUUUUUUGAGCUAUCUUGCUGCAUUUGUU